CCCGCCUGCCCGAGGUGCCGGGGGGCGGCGGGGGGAGCCCGGCCCGGGCCGGAUUCCCGGGAUGCGCUGGUCCCGUGCCCAAAUGUGCCCCAGUUUUCCUCUGGGACUGUGACGGAGGCCGGGAAUUGAGCCCCGAGAACGAAUCCAUCAUGGCUGAUGACUCUCAGAGAAACUUCCGCUCAGUGUAUUAUGAAAAAGUGGGGUUUCGUGGAGUUGAAGAGAAGAAGUCACUGGAAAUUCUGUUAAAGGAUGACCGUUUGGAUAUUGAGAAGCUUUGCACAUUUAGUCAAAGGUUUCCUCUUCCAUCCAUGUAUCGUAUACUGGUGUGGAAAGUGCUUCUAGGAAUUAUUCCUCCUCACCACGAAUCUCAUGCUUUGGUGAUGAAGUACCGGAAGGAGCAGUACUGGGAUAUUCACCAUGCUCUUCGUGUGAUCCGGUUUAUUAAUGAUUCUACCCCACAGGUUGAUGUUUUUCUCCGCAUAUAUCAACUGGAAUCAGGAAAAUUGCCUCGAAAUGUAGCUUUUCCAUUGGAACCUGAAGAUGAAGUGUUUCUAGCUAUUGCUAAAGCAAUGGAGGAAAUGGUAGAGGAUCCUAUAGAAUGCUAUUGGCUUGUCAGUUGCUUUGUGAAUCAGCUGAACAGCAAGCACAAAGAUUCAUUACAACAACUGCCAAAAAUUCUGGAGCAGUAUUUGAACAUUGAAGAUAACAGACUACUGAUGCAUCUGAAGGCAUGUGCUGCUAUGAGCAAACUCCCCUACGAUCUUUGGUUUAAAAAGUGUUUUGCAGGAUGUUUACCUGAGUCCAGUUUACAGAGAGUUUGGGACAAAGUUAUAAGUGGAUCCUGCAAGAUUCUUGUGUUUGUUGCUGUGGAGAUAUUAUUAACCUUUAAAAUGAAGAUAAUAGCACUGAAUUCUGCAGAAAAGAUCACACAGUUUUUGGAAAAUAUUCCUCAGGACAACACCGACGCCAUCGUCAGCAAGGCUGUGGAUCUGUGGCGCACGCACUGCGGGACUCCGGCACACUCGGUCUGAGAACUCUCUUGGCUCGUGACAGCUUGGAGAAAAAAGAUUGAGUGUCUUUUGAAAAGACUUUUUACCACCCUUCCCCCAUCCUAGUGUGAUGUUCUUCAUUAACCCUUUUGUGUAAAGAUGCUAUUAAAGCAUGGUUUCUGAUAUGUAAAUAUUUUUCAAUAAAUACAGAUGGAA